CCGGGCAAUUUUGUCAUCUCUACAGCUACCUCUACCUUACACGACCACCGGCCAUGUCUAGAAUCCUCGGAAUACCGCCCAAGAGGGCACUGCCGUUGAAGGAGGCAUCUCUCUUCAAGGAAGUUCUUACCAUGUACGAGGCUCGGCAGCUCAAAAAAGGCCUCAAAACGGCUGAUCAGAUAUUGAGGAAAUUUCCGGAGCACGGCGAGACAAUGUGUAUGAAGGGCCUCAUUCUCACUCACAUGGGCCGACGGGAGGAAGGCAUUGAUCUCGUCAAAAAGGGCGUCCGUCUCGAUCUUACUUCGCACAUAUGCUGGCAUGUCUUCGGUCUCAUUCAGAAGGGAGAGAAAAACUACGAGGAGGCUCUGAAAUCGUAUACUCAGGCCCUCCGGUUCGACAAGGAAAACUUGAAUAUUCUUCGGGAUGCCGCCCACCUGCAAACGCAGCUUCGGCUAUAUGAUGGGCUCGUUGAAACGCGACACAUAUUGCUUCGGCUUCGUCCUACCGUCCGCCAAAACUGGGUGUCCCUCGCCGUCGCAUAUCACCUCAGCGGGAAUCUCCUCGAGGCCAAAAAGGUGUUAGAGCAGUACGAAAGAACUCUGAAGAACGUCCCCGAUUACGACAUUGAGCACUCGGAGACAACGAUGUAUCAUGUCCGGUUACUUGAAGACCUUGGAGAGUUCACUGAAGCCCUCUCCUUACUCGACGUCAACUCUAAAUCGCGUGUAAUCGUAGACAAAACUGCCAUUAUGGAAGCCAGAGCAGAACAUGCGUGGCGUGUCCUCAUUGAUCACAACCCAGAUUGCACUAAUUACUAUCAUGGUUAUCUUGCCAGUCAAGGAAUUGAUAGCGAUGAGGCGUCACUUGCCGUUUUGCGUGAUAUCUCCUCACAAAUCCCUCGAGCGAAUGCCCCACGCCGACUAGCACUGUCCUUCGCGUCCGGAGAUCGCUUCAAAGAUUUAGCAAAACCAUACCUUCUUUCAGGUUUCACUAAAGGCAUCCCUUCUCUCUUCGCCGACAUCAAACUGUUAUACAAAGAUCCCAUCAAAUUGGGGCAAAUCCAGGCGCUGCUCGAAGAGAUCCGAGCAGAAAAUGCGCCGGAUUCUGCGGCACCUUCAUCAUCAACAUUCACUUCACAGCCCACAACAUACCUGUGGAUACUGUAUUUCCAGGCGCAGCAUUUCUCCUACCUUGGGCAGUUCAAGCAGGCCCUUGAAAUCUUGGAUGAGGCACUCAAGCACACACCAACGCUGCCAGAGUUAUACACAUGUAGAGCUAGAGUUCUCAAACGUGCCGGAGACUUGUUAGGUGCCGCACGGUCAGUAGAAGAGGCACGGUUGUUGGAUGGCCAGGACCGUUUCUUGAAUACCAAAAGUGCCAAAUACCGACUUCGUGCAGGUCUUGUGGACGAAGCCAGUGCUCUGCUAGGACUCUUCACGAAGAAAGACGCCGCAAGCCCUGGAGCAGACCUUGAAGACAUGCAGUCGCUGUUAUAUCUCAUCGAAGAAGCUGAUGCUCAGAAUCGCAUUGGCAAGAUUAAUUUGGCCCUCAAAAAAUAUACUGCCAUACAGAAAAUCUUUGAUGAGAUAGAGGACGACCAGUAUGAUUUCCACGGUUACUCGAUGCGCAAGUUCACAAUAAACAUCUAUCUCAAUCUGCUUGCGUGGGAAGACAGAUUAAGGUCACAUCCGGCCUACGUAAAAGCGGCUGUAUCUGCAAGCAAAGUUCGGCGAGGUCAACUCACAGAUGCCGAAAAGAAGGCAAAGAAAAAGGCAAAGAAAGCGGCACAGAAAGUUCAGGAUGACUCCAAAAAGGGUAAUAGUCAGCAGUCUGCUAAUGAGGACAAGGGCCUAGAACCAGCCGCUCCCAAAGACGACGAUGCCGACGGCAUCAAACUAUUAGGAUGCAGCGAUCCUUUAGAACGUGCUGCCAAGUUCCUACAUCCGCUCACCACCUUGGCUCCGGAAAAUAUCGACGUUUGGAUAGCAGUUUAUGACGUUGCGAUUAGGCGCAAAAAGCUUCUACAAGCCACUAAAGCCCUGAAACAUGCGUGUUCGAUUGACGCCGAAAAUCCCGAGCUGCAUAUCCGUUUUGCACAUUUCCAACAAACGGCGGCCACUCUUCCUCAAGAACCUCCGGCACCAAUUGGACCCCUUUUCAAGGAGGCCCUCUUGGAGCUUCUACCCGAGGAAAUAUCGCUGGAAACGUUCAAUUCACAAUACCUCCAACGACAUCCUUCUUCACAGCAGGCUAUCCUUGCAGUCGCCAAGGUCUCACAAAUGCUCCAAGCUCCUCUUGAUGAGGUCGAAAAUGUCCUUUUCUCUGCAUUAGGUCCAGAUGCGAAACUUGACCUUGAGUCGUCACAAGCAAUAUUGUCGUACCUCAAGUCCCUUGGUUCGCAACGCGCAGAAGAGUUCCGAAUUGCAUGUGAUGGAAAUUUUGAGCUGUCGACGGUUUUCAAGUCGUCAGAGGAGCAAGCGCUAUUGGUAAAGCAGGCUUUGAACGUUGCUAUCGGGUAUCCCGACGAAGUGGAGGCGGAAGUUUGAUCUAUAGAAUUGAUUGAUGUAGACUGUCUAGACGUCGACCAUCCAAUAAUUUAUAUCGAUAUAGUUCC